AUGUCCUUCAUCCGAGCAGCGACGCUCGCCCGUUCUGCAACGAGCAGCUGUAGACGUUAUUCGACCGAAGCUGGUGCUAAAAAAUCAUCCAGCCUCGGACUUUACCUCGGUGGCGCUGGUCUUGUAGGUCUCGGCACGUAUGUGUACAUGGGCUUUGGCAAAGGGGAGGCAGUAACUGCCAAGAAGGACCUGAAGAGUCCUCUUGACCCGUCAAAAUUCAUUGACCUCAAACUGAAAAAGGUGGAGCCUUGCAAUCACAACACCUCUAAGUUUGUGCUUGAGCUCGAAAAGGGCGAGGCUUCGCUUCUUCCGAUUGCUUCCUGUGUUUACAUCGAAACUCCUGAUUUCAAGGAUGACAAGGGUCAACCUAUGUGUCGUCCGUAUACCCCCAUUUCAGCGUCUGAUUUGGAGGGAGAGCUCACUUUUAUCAUCAAAAAAUAUGAGACAGGCAAGGUCUCCAAACACAUUCACUCUCUCAAGGCUGGGGACACUCUCAGAAUUAAAGGUCCUCUGCCAAAAUGGCCUUGGAAGAUGAAUGAGCUGGAAGAAGUCGGCCUCAUUGGUGGUGGAAGUGGAAUUGCUCCACUCUACCAGAUCCUACAACAUGCUCUUGCGGACAAGACGAACAAGACGAAGUUCAAGCUUUUGUUCGCUAAUGUUACUGAGCAAGAUAUCAUACUUCGCGAGGAGUUCGACGCCAUGAAGAAAAAGUACCCCGAAACUUUCGAUGUCGUAUAUGUCCUCGACAAGGGCGAUACCAACUGGAAGGGUCCCACUGGAUAUAUUAGCGCUGACCUCAUUAAGCAGCACAUUGCUCCGUCAUCACUGGGCGAGAAAGUGAAGGUCUUCAUCUGCGGUCCGCCUGGACAGGUUGCCUCGAUUGCAGGCGCAAAGAAAGGCAGGGAGCAGGGAGAACUAAAUGGUGUUCUCAAGGAACUUGGUUACACCAAAGACCAGGUAAGUGACCGUGCUAUCCAACAAGCUAUCAUUUCCUUGAAGUAUUUCUUUGUCAGGUGUAUAAAUUAUGAGCAGCAGAUAUCAAGUAGAUCUAUAUAGAAGUCCUACGACGAUCAAGUUUCGAAACCCGUUCUUGCAAUCGAAUGUGAGCUGAGGUAUCGAAACCUUAUUUCAAUCACACUAUUCCACCUUUCCCAACCAAAUACGUGAUAUUUUAAAACCAUCACCGUCAAGUGCGGGUCGCAUGUACGCUGGCAAGUAUCAGCAUGAAACUGAGGGAAUGAGUAC